CAUCGACUUCGCUUUGACCUUUAAACACCGAAGCCAAAACCAGAAACAAACGCCCCCAAGAUUCAAACCUACGAUACCAAAUAGAGGAAAGAAAAAGAAACACCAAAAGAGGGCAACAAUUUGAAAUUGCUAUAAGUUUUGCACUCAAUCUCUUGCUUCACCUCAAAACCAUAAGCUUUAAUUUUGCACUAAAACUACGAGAGAUAAAAGGAAAGAAGGUUCCUUUGCUUCAAGAAAAAUGAUCCCUUUCUUGAUAAAAAGUAAACAAGAGAAGUAGAUCAACUGGUUUCCGGCUUUGGGUUAUUGCAUCUGAUUGUUGAGUUCUAGUAUUUCCGAAUAUGGGGGAUCAUUUUGUAUUGCUAGUGGAUCGGUUGUUGACAGAAUCCACACUGGAAGCCGCUAUCGAAAGCCGAAACCGCUCUUUGCAGGCCACUACAUUAGCAGUUGAUGACAAGGAAGUAUUCAGUUCUUCUCCGAAGGUGGAUUUGUUGUCCCCAAGGAAAAUUGUAGAAUGCAGGAUAUGCCAAGAUGAGGAUGAAGAUUCAAACAUGGAGACCCCUUGCUCUUGUUGUGGCAGCUUGGAGUAUGCUCAUCGAAGAUGUGUACAAAGAUGGUGCAAUGAGAAAGGCAACACUACCUGUGAAAUAUGCCAUCAGCAAUUCGAGCCGGGCUAUACUGCGCCACCUCCUUUGUUCCAAAUCGGCCGUUUUCCAAUGAAUUUGAGGGCAAACUGGGAGAUCUCUAGGAGGGAGUUAAACAAUUCUCGCCUUAUAGCAGUAGUAUCAACUGAUCACCAUUAUGAUGAAUAUUCAGUUUCGACUACAAGAAGCUCAAUAUGUUACCGAACAUUUGCAAUAGUGUUCAUCCUUCUUUUGAUUUUACGACAUACUCUUCCUAUCAUACUUACCAGAACCAAUGACUACACUUUCCUGUUGUUCAUGUUGUUAUUACUUCCCACUGUUGGGAUUAUCCUGCCAAUCUAUGUCAUGGUGAAAUCAAUGACUGCCCUCCGUCACCGCCGGCAACAGCAGGAGUUCCCAAAUUCAUUGUUUACUCAAUCAGAUGAAGAAACUGAGCAGUCUAUCAUGCAAACUCAGCAUCACAUAGUCAACAUUCCUUGAAUGCCAACAGAUGAAAAAUU